AUGUGUGCACUUGUCCCUCCUUUAUUUCCCACUUUCGGCUGGCCUUGCGGAGAUCAUAGCUUCUACGAAAAAGACGACGUAACCAACCCCUUUCUUGAUUUUCCGUUGCCAGACUUGCCGCCGGUCGCUCAUCAGAACGUGUCAUCGGAGAAAAAUAGAAUAUUAGAGUUAGAGAAUCCUGUCGUGAUGAGGAAACUUAACCACAACGCUAGCGAGCGUGAUCGUCGCAAGAAGAUCAACGCAAUGUUCUCAUCUCUCCGUUCUUGUCUUCCGGCGUCCGAUCAAUCGAAGAAGUUAAGUGUUUCCGCAACAGUUUCACAGGCAUUGAAGUACAUACCAGAGCUGCAAGAGCAAGUCAAGAAGCUCAUGAAAAAGAAAGACGAGCUCUCGUUUCAAAUCUCGGGUCAAAGAGAUCUCGUUUACACCAACCAAAACGGUACGCCAGAGAAAAAAGGGGUCACAAGCUAUGCAUCAACAGUUUCUGCGACUAGGCUCGGUGAGACUGAAGUAAUGGUCCAACUUUCAUCGUUAAUGACAGAGAAGUGUUCGUUUGGGAAUGUUUUGAGUGGUUUAGAAGAAGAUGGGCUUGUUCUUGUGGAUGCUUCAUCUUCAAGUUCUCAAGGAGAGAGACUGUUUUACACUUUGCAUCUCCAACUUGAUAAUUGCAAUCUGAAUUCCGAAGACUUAAGUGAUAGGUUGUUGUACUUGUACGAGAAAUGUGGAAACUCGUUUACAUAA